CGGACAGGAUACAUUUUGGUCUUCUCACCAAAGGCAAGGCACCUCACAGGCUAGGAGUCCCUGGGAAGGGUCUGACUGGGGAUAGCUGUUGUGGGAAUAAGGGGGAAACUAUACUGUUGCACUGUAAAUAAAGACAUAAGGCUGAAGCACUGAAGAAGGUGUGGGGACUCUUUAUUGAGCCAGCCAAUGCAGGGCACAGGCUUGGGAGGGUGGAGACCUGUGAAGACCCUGUGACACUGGGGGCUUGUCUGGGAUCCUUCUACCAUUGUUACUGGGGGCUGCCAAGAUGGAGGAGACCCUAAAGUGGCUGGUGACCACGGUGCAAGAAAUGCAACAGUCCCAAUGGACAGAACAACAGACCCUGAUGACCUGGCAGGCAGACCAACAGAUGGCACUCCAGGAGUUUAUCAAGGAACAAUCGGCGACCCAACAACAGCUCCUCCAAGAAAAGGUAGAUAAAAAAGAGCAAAUUCACAUGGUGCCAGCAGGGGGAGCAUUGAGAACACAGAAGAGAGAGUCCCUGAGCUCUCAGUUCUUGUACCCAGUGUCACAGCGGCCUGGCAGCCUGAAGGAGAAAUUGUAGGGAGAUUAUUGCUCAGCCCCUGCUUUCCUCGGCUGGAGCAUGCCCAAUUGUCAGUUGCUCUCCCGGGCAUGGCAUAUGCACAGUCCAGUCUGCACAUGGAAGCUCUGUGGAUCUGGAGACUGUCCAGUGCAGACGAACUCUUUGGAGAGUUUCAGUAUUGACAACCCCAACAGUUCAAAAAUCAUGAA